AUGUCGUACAGAUUUCCACACGCUGAUCACCUCACUAACGAAGAGGUUGAUUACGAACUAUUAAUCCGCGGUAAGACAAAUGAUAUGGCUACUGAGCCAGAGGCUAAAUAUCGCCUUCUGCGGAAUCUCUUCCACGACGAUAUCCGCGAAAAGCGAGACUACCCGUCGCCCUACACCAUCGAGCAGGAGUUUGACUAUAUCGCGGGUAAGGUCUAUGAUUUGGAGAAGAAAUUGGGUCGCGGCGUGGAUGAUCGGGUCAUGUCCCGGUUGAUCCACUACGCUAUGCGAGCGGCUAGAAGCCAAGCACCCGAUGCUCGCUCGGAGAAAAUGCGACGGGAAUUGUGUGGCUCCAUUCGGGAGGUUUUGAACAGAGCUAAUGGGAAAAAGGUUACCGACGAGAAACAGGGUAGGACAAAAGCGUUAGAUGCGCGCCGAAACUUGUCGACGGAGUUGGAUGACGCAAACGGAGGUGCAGUAGGUGGUUAUUCGUUGGAGGAGUUACAACGCGGAAUCGGCGAAGCCUUGAGACGUGAUCCUUCGAGUGGUGCAUACCCGAAGCAACUUCCAGGGAAUCGGGAUCCAGCCGUAACUCCAAAACAGUCCAAGGACCAGGCACUCCUGGAGCGCAUUGCGAGUUUGGAAAGGGAAUUGGCGAAGGCACGGAUGGAAGGUUCACGCCAGAAUGCACCCCCGCGCGUCGAGCGGAUAGCCUCAGAGGGUGGUCCGACAAAAUUCCAAAAAGCGAGAGAGAAGCCACGGGAACGGCAUUCGAUGAUUUUUCCUCUAGACCUCAACAAUCCGUGGGCGGAACAACGCGAGAAAAACCGAUGGGACCGUUGUGAACCUGAGCGUGUUCGACGCGACUUAUCGCGGGAUCGUCAGGGAGGUGAUAUCGGGGUAGACCGGCGGAAUCGGGACCGAUAUUCACCGGAUCCAGAUCGUGAACGUAGGGAGCAUCGCUCCAGACACGAUCGUGUUGCCAGUAGUCGUCAGAGAGGCGAUACCGGGGCAGACCGGAGGGACCGGAACCGGUUUUCGCCAGAUCCAGAUAGUGGACGCAGGGAUCAUCGCCCCAGAGUCGAGCGUGAACGCUGGGAUUCUAGCGACGACGACAGCUCUCUCGCGGAUGAUAACGUGUUCAGUCCGCAUCGCAGGCGAGAUAGCCGAAGGGAGCGGCGAAUUAGCGACGCCGAAAUUCAAAACGCUGACCGCCGAAUGGAAAAGUGGCAUUUGACCUUCAGUGGCGAUAGUCGGCAACGGCCAUUAGAAGAUUUUCUCCACAAAAUCCGUCGCUUAGCGCAUAUGGAUCGCAUUGCGGACGAUGUACUUCUGCAACGAAUCCAUACGAUCCUUAGAGGGGAAGCUUAUGACUGGUACCUAUGCUAUUCUGACGAGUUUCUCACUUGGGAGGACUUUGAAGAAAGGAUACGGUACAUGUACGGUAACCCCAAUAAGGACCAAGGAAAUCGGCAGCGCAUUUACGAACGGAAACAGCAUCGGAAUGAAACCUUUCUUUCGUUUAAGAUGGAGAUCGAGCGACUCAACAAAUUGUUAACCACACCGUUGGACCAGCACCGCCUCUUCGAGGUGAUCUGGGACAAUAUGCGACCGCAUUACCAAUCGAAAUUGGCCUGUAAAACGGUUCGAGAUUUGCGAAAGCUCGAGUACUACGCAUAUCGCAUCGAUGCCUACGAUCCCACUUUUCGACAGUAUAGGGAUGGACCAGCUCGACCCCCCAAUCGAGUCCAUCAGAUCGAAGUGGAGAACCGGAGCAGCGACGAGUCGUAUUCGGAAGCGGAAGAAGUCAAUUUCAUUGGGCGGAAAGGUGAGCAGCGAAGAAAACCGGUAGAGUCAGCCAACCUUUCAGUGGAAACCAGACAAGUGCGGCAGCGACCAACACACGAAACGGAGCGCUUGGGCCCGUUGUGCUGGAACUGUCGUAAGAAGGGGCAUGUCUGGAGACACUGUUCCGAGGAAAAACGAGUUUUCUGCUAUAUUUGUGGGAAUCCCGGGAAGGUCGGGAAACUAAAUCGGGAAUGCCAGAAUGGGAGCAACCGCAUUCCGAUUGAGAGAGAUGUUCCCAAUGACGUUUACUUAGAUCCGUUUCAGGAGGUGUGCGAAGUGCGGGUUCAGACAACUCUAUGUCCGCACAUUACUGUGCGGAUCUUCGACGAAGAGUAUGAUGCACUGUUGGACUCCGGAGCGAGUGUCAGUGUGACUAACAUUCCUGACCUUGCCGAGCGAAACGGAUUAAUCCUUCAACCAAGCCCUCUGAAGAUCGUAACUGCAGAUAAGACCGUCCAUGAAAGUCUGGGGUACGUGCAGUUGCCUGUACGCUUCCGAGGAGUUACGAAGGUACUUCCCACUCUAGUAGUUCCUCAGGUUUCCCAGCAACUUAUUCUUGGUUACGACUUCUGGAGACAGUUCGGUAUUCAGCCGAUGAUUCAGGGAGAGAACGGUUUUGAGCGGAUAACCGCUAUCGAGUCGGCUACACGAGCCCACUGCGGCGAAGACUUUGUACCGGCGGGGGUAAAAUCGAUUACCACACUACCGGUUUUAAAACCAAUGGGGCCAGAUGAGACGCUGGAUAUUCCGGCUUUGGAAUUACCAGAGCCAUCAAAAACAACCCCUGAAACAGUUGAAACCGAACAUGAUCUGACGGUAGAGGAGCGGAUAAGUUUGGUAAAAGUCGUCAAGACGUUCCCUUGUACGACCGAAAAGAGACUGGGGAGAACAUCGCUGCUGCAACACGAAAUCGUGCUUAGAGAGGAGGCAAAACCGUGUCGGCAACCGUUGUACCGAUGUUCGCCUGCAGUACAGGCGGAGAUGGAAGCAGAAUUAGAGAGGUACAAACGGAUGGAUGCCAUCGAAGAAUGCACUAGCGAGUGGGCAAGUGCUCUGGUUCCUGUUCGCAAAACGAAUGGGAAAUUAAGAGUGUGUUUAGACUCGCGGCGGAUCAAUGCUUGGACCAAGAAAGAUUCCUAUCCCAUGCGCAACAUGGGAGGAAUAUUCCACCGGCUUGGUAAGGCCAAGUAUUAUUCCGUUGUGGACCUGAAAGAUGCGUAUUUCCAAAUUCCUUUGAAGGAGGAAUGUCGGGAUUAUACCGCUUUCAGGACCUCACAAGGAUUGUUCCGCUUCAAAGUCUGUCCGUUUGGGUUAACUAAUGCGCCCUUCACGAUGUGUCGCCUCAUGGACCGUGUGAUAGGCUUCGACCUAGAGCCAAACGUCUUCGUCUACCUAGACGAUAUCGUCAUCGCUACGAAGACGUUUGAGGAGCACGUCCGGCUUCUGCGGAUCGUGGCGGAACGCCUAGCUAAAGCCAACCUCACCAUCUCGCUCGACAAAAGCCGCUUCUGUCGCAAGCAGGUUACAUAUUUAGGCUACUUACUUACCGAAGAAGGCGUAGCCAUAGACAAUAGUCGAAUCGCCCCGAUUCUGAACUACGCUCGACCCCGAAAUGUGAAGGACAUUCGUCGCCUGUUGGGAUUAGCCGGAUUCUACCAACGUUUCAUCCGAGAAUACAGUCGGAUCGUGGCGCCGAUAUCCGAUCUUCUAAAAAAAUCGAGAGCGAAGUUUGUCUGGACUGAGGCAGCUGAAGCCGCCUUCGGGGAGCUAAAAGCUGCGUUAGUUUCAGCACCGAUUCUGGGGAAUCCAGAUUUUUCGCUUCCGUUCUCGAUCGAGUCCGAUGCUUCGGAUAAUGCUGUUGGGGCAGCGUUAAUCCAACACCACAACAACGUGCCGAAAGUCGUGGCCUACUUCAGCAAAAAGUUGAGUAGUACCCAAAGGAAAUAUGCGAGUGUCGAGAAGGAAUGUUUGGGAGUGCUCUUGGCGAUCGAACAUUUCCGCCACUUUGUUGAAGGGACCCGUUUUAAGGUGGUCACCGAUGCUCGAAGUUUGUUGUGGCUGUUUUCGAUUGGGGUUGAAUCUGGCAAUGCGAAACUGCUUCGUUGGGCUCUAAAAAUCCAGUCGUACGACAUCGAGCUGGAGUACAGAAAGGGCAAGAGCAAUAUCCUGGCGGAUUGUUUGUCCCGGUCCGUCGAAACUAUUUCUGUACAGGCGGUAGAUGUCGAACAACAAGAUCUGGCCGAUAAAAUCCAGCAAGAGCCAGCCAAGUACCCAGACUUUCGUGUUGUCAACGGGGAAAUCUGGAAGUUCGUGAAGGUGGACGGAAGAGUUGAGGACCCGCGAUUCCAGUGGAAACGGUAUCCAGCAAAAGCGGAGAGACCCGAGAUUGUACGUACGGUUCACGAACGUGCACAUUUGGGCUUCGAGAAGACAUUGAAUGCUGUGAGGGAACGAUUCUAUUGGCCAUACAUGAGCAGUGAAGUGAAGCGAAUCUGUCAAACCUGCUUAACGUGUCAGAUGAGCAAAGCUUCGAACCAGAACACGACACCUCCCAUGGCCAAUCAGAAGAAGAUCGCUCAGUACCCGUGGCAAUUUCUCGCGAUGGAUUAUGUCGGCCCUCUGCCAACUUCGGGCAAAAAUCGAAAUACGUGCCUUCUGGUGGUAACGGACCUAUUUUCCAAAUUCGUGAUCGUGCAGCCCUUCCGACAAGCAACAGCUGAAUCGUUAGUCAGCUUCGUGGAGAAUUCUCUGUUCCUGCUGUUUGGAGUGCCGGAAGUGAUCCUCUCGGACAAUGGAUCCCAGUUCACCUCUUCGUUAUUCAACGAUCUGUUGGCCCGUUACCAUGUCACACACUGGAGAACGCCCAAUUACCACCCCCAGGUGAAUGACACGGAAAGGGUUAACAGGGUGAUAACGACUGCUAUUCGGGCUUGCAUCAAGAAGGAUCACAAAGAAUGGGCGAAUAACCUGCAACAGAUCGCCAACGCGGUGAGAAACUCUGUCCACGAAGCCACCCACUACACUCCUUACUUUGUCAUGUUUGGUCGGAACAUGGUAUCCGACGGCCGGGAAUAUCGGCAUCUGCGCGACGCUCCAACUCCGAGUAACGACAAGAUUGUAGACGAGGAGAGGGAAAAGAUGUUAGAAGAUGUGCGGAAAAAUUUAAAAACCGCUUAUGAAAAGCACUCCUCGUACUACAACCUGCGCUCCAAUGCGAACUGUCCUACCUACUCGGUCGGUGAGCAGGUGCUCAAAAAGAAUACGGAGCAGUCGGACAAAGGGAAAGGGUUUUGCGCCAAGCUGGCACCGAAGUACAUUCCAGCGGUGGUAAGGAGGGUUGUAGGGGCACAUUGCUACGAUCUUGACGAUUUAGAAGGGCGAAGACUGGGAAUUUACAAUUGUAAAUUUCUUAAAAAAUUGUCUCGUCCUUAGUCUAACGUUUCCACCGUUGCAAAAUGUUGAUAAUUUUUUUUCCAGCUAUGUAACUCUAAGGAGUGACAAUAUGAAAUUGAUUUUUUUUUUUCUAAGCUAUGCAUCUCUACGGAGUGACAAGAAUAAAAUUUUGUUUUUCAAAGCUAUGUAGCUCUACGGAGUAACUUUUUUUUUAAUUUUAAAAUAAGUGAGGGACCGAAUUUCUUUCCGCUUUCUCAAUGGUCAUUGGGCAAGUUGCUGAAUCUGCACAAUCAAAGCGGCCUUAAGAGUAUUGGCCUCGUAGAAUAGAGCAUGAAGUUUAAGAAGGAGCUGGGCAAUGACCUGUCGAAAGUAGUGGAAACACGAAUUAAAAGUGAGCCCAAAGCGAUGAUUUCGCCGUGGUCGAGUAAUGACUCAGUUCUACUAAUACUCGCCGCACUAAAAUUUUAAGAUUGUGUAGAAUGGUAACAAUUUGUUCCAAUUCUCAACCUCAUUUUGUUGAAAUUCUUCAAACAUUUUCAAGCUAUGUAUCGCUCAAUUGAGUCGAGACAACUGAGCCAUGAUGCGAAAGCUCUGGUGCAGAAACACUGUUCUGCCAUUUCGUAAGGAAGCGCACAUUAGUGCGGCCCUCACAAAAACAUCUAUUUACUGGGGGAUCCUUGAUGCUGAAACGCUCGAGGAACUUUACGAAAUGUGUUGAAACAAGAAAAUGGCAAGUUUGAACGAAGAAAUUGUUCUGAGCUAAUGAUGCGAAAUAUUUCAUCAAGAAUCGUCCACAGACAACGAAUUCUUGGUGAGGGUUAGCAUCAAACAAGGAGAGUUUCUUCGUUUGACCAGGAAAAACUUCUAUAAGACGUUAGACAAAAUUAAGGGCAAGGAAAAAACGAGGCGAAUGUAAAAUUUCCCUUUCGGCGUCAGUAAUGUUAGUGUGUGCAACUACAUCGAGUCUUAGGUGUAAGUUAGUACCUAACGCUAUGUAUAUUUUUAAAUUGUCCUGCUACUUAAAUUUAUUAUUUUGAGUUAGUAUGGUCAGUUUAAUUUGUAAAUAGUAGAUUUAAUUGCAUGUUAUUUAUUUAUUUCUUUAUAUUUAGAAUAUAAGUAAAUAUUUAUUUAGAUGUUUAUAUGGUUGCUGAAUUAGGGUUAAUUUAUUUAUUUUCUCUAUCUGUUAUUUAUUCAUUUGUUUAGUUAGUUAAUUAUUUAUGUUAGUUAACAUGGUUUGCUUAAAAAUAUUGUUAGUUUCUGAAAUUUUUGUCUGGUUGAAAAAUUUAUAUCUUGGUAAAUUUAUAGUUGAAAAAUUUUAUGGCUCGCUGCCGUCCUGCUAGCAAGCCGCUGCAGCCGUCCUUCGGUGCAAAAUUUCAUUCCAGUUCUCCGGCUAUCCUAAAAUUUUAAAAAUAUUAGUUUAUGUUCGAAAUCUUACCUGUAAUUGGAAGUCAUCUUUCCUGUUCACUUUUUCCCUCGAUGUCCGGUUCUACCUCAAUAUUUUCCUCCAGACCCUACUCGUACCCGGGUAGUCUAGUCCGUCCGUCGGGUGCCGAUGGGGGCGGUGAUAUGGCUCUACAAAACAUAAUUUUAUAUGGGAGUUCUCUUGUAGUGAACUUCCGUAUAAAUUAUAUAAAAUUAUCAUUUUUCUUACCUGUUUUUUCCGAUUUACUAUCCUGUAGCACAAAACACACUCUUCUUAAUCACUGUUUACUUUACGUUUGACGUUUCUAUCGCUGCUGUACGGGUGUUCAUAUGUGUGCGUAAUUUAGUGCGGAGCUUUUUAUAGCACAGGGUGUUUAAUCAUUUUUCGUCUGUUUCGUUCUGGUCGAUUAUGUUCGAUGUUAGAAACAUUUCGUAAAAUGUGUUUGGAGUUAUUUAUGUCGGUUAAUGUUUCAUGUUGUCGGAUGUAGUCCGGUGUAGAAGCAUAACCAUUGUAUGUUGAGUAUUUAUGCGAAUUGCAGUGGCAGUUUUCUCUGUGACCAAUAAUUUCGGUGUAUGAGUUACUGCUGGGUAAAUUAAUGUGGGUUAUUGCGUUGUGGGCAAAGAUUCGUGUUCAGGUGUGUCCUGGGGUGUCUUUGACGUAAACAGAAGGUAGAUUUAUGUAGGAUACCUUUCCAACCGUAGUGUUGGAGUAGUCCUGUAUGUGAAUGUGCCAAUUUAUUGCUUUAAUUGUUUGGGGUAUUUAUGAAUAUUUAUGUGGCAGAUUUCUCACUAGACGAAGAGUCGUCGUUAGAGUUACUGCUGGGGAAUUUUUAAUUUGGGGAUAAUGCGUUUGCCUAAUAGAGAGAAGUUUCCAAAGAAGGAAAUUCUCUCGAAAAGUAAAUAGCAUGGGAGUUUUGCUGGGGGUGCCUUUCCAACAUAGUGAUUGGAGCGGUCCUCUAGUAAAAUUGCCUUGGAAUAUUGGAAGCUCGUUUUAAAAAAAUAAAGCGAUGCCGUAUUUGGGAAUAAUCUAUUUGGGAAAUUUAAUUGAAUCACCGUACAGUACCGAAGGAACGUUACACGCCCAUAGUUUGAAUUUCUUGGUGAACCUAACAUUUUGUAAAUAUUGUAAAUAGUAGCUUAAGUUAUGAUUGCUUUUUGUAAAUAUUCUGCACAUAAUUUUCUUCCAAAAUUUUCUCAUUUGGUAAUUUGUUUCUGUCAGGUUUGCAGUUACGAAAAUUUGAUUGUACUUCUACAAUCAAAUUUUCGUAAAACAGACCGGGGUGUUAUGUAGCAAUCAUGUUGGUGAAUUAAAUUUGCAUAAUUAUUCUUUGUCAAUUUUCGAAUUUAUAGCUGAUCUACUAUAAAGAUCAUGGUUAGUUGGCUAACCAGGCGCAAUUACACCUUGCGUACGAGUUAGCCGUUUGAAUAUUUGCUCUUCCUUUAGCCUCUCAUUCGCGGUGACGCAACCCAAAAUCUCAAGCACGAAUCUGCGACUUACUUGCUUGUUCUUAUUGGUAAAAUCCCAGCCAGCGCAGGUCAUUAAACUCGAGAAAUGAAAUGGUUAGAUGCAUGAAUCUAAUGGGAAAGGGAGAUAUAAACUCGGGUUUGAAUUUGCCGUGGAAGUUCGUUGUAAAAUUUCCGGUUUCAAACCAAAUGUCUCGUUUGAUCUGAGGGGCAAACCAAUCUCGCUUCGAUCAUUUAUAAUCGAACGGCGAAAGAAGCCAGAGUGUGUGUUUUUGUGUUGUUCGCGAUUUUGUUCGAGGUUUGUGUUAGCGUGAGGUUGUCUUAGAUUAGCUAGUUGUUUUAAAUUUUGUUUCUUUGAUAGGAUUAGCGCAUGUUAGGAGUAGCUAUAAAUUUAGUGGAGACUUUGCCAGCAAGUGUGGUGAAAACAAAAGCCGUUCGACGGCUUUUUACGUUUUAUUUAAAAGCGCUUGGCGAAGCCAUAAAACCCACCGCCAGCAAAGUACAUCCACCCUCCUACCGCACACUUCUGGGACCCACCGUCAGCCAGGACAAGGCCCGUUCCGCCAGCCGCCGCACACUUAGGCGGCCUAUGCUGAUUCGCUGAUCGGACUGAUCGGCGCGUGCUGUAGCAGUUAUCGACGCCAUUGCAGAAACCACGACCGUACCUGGAUGGGGCGGUGAUUGCAGAUUGAACCGAUUGCUGUCGGAUGCUGAAUAAGUAGAAAGGAGAGGUAGUAGCCGCCGAUCGAGUGAGUACGAACCAUAAAAAUCCCUGCGCAGGUUGAUAUAAACCAGUUAAGCCAAGACCCCCACCUUGAGAGAAGCUUUAUGGCGUAGCCAUUAGACACUCCACCCACGCACACUAUAGGUUAGUGAGCUAGUUGUAGAUGGCCAAAAUUUAGUUAGUAAAACGAAGCAUGCUUGUAAAUAUAAUUGUAAAAGUAAUAUAGUGCGUUUCCCCGUUGUUGAAGUGAUGUUUUGAUGAUUUAGGUAUUCUAAGGUGUCUCACGUCUCGCGCUCGUUCUAGUUUGUUUGUUUUGGUACUCCAGGUGGACUGCCUGGGAAAACAGUCCCCGCACUCUGGUUACGCUAAACUGGGCAGCAAUCUGAUUGCUCAGAAUUGGUCCAGUGAGGAGAAUCACGAGUUCGGUGUUUGAGGCUUUAGGAUUAUUUUCGCGAAUUUCUGCGGUAUUGAAACGCAUGAGACUGAGUACCUUAGUGAAGUGCAUCUGCCUUUUCGUUUUCCCUCAGUUUAUUACCCUGACCCGCCCUGAGGCGGAGUUUCUGGCCGGGCAAGCCAAGACAGGCAAGUGGUCCUCUCUGAGGUGGCGCUUAAGCCACUUGCUUGAAGAUACGGGGAACGGAACCGCAGAUUUUGGGAGUGUGGCUUUCAGGCCCG